GGUGCACCGAUGCUUUCUGUUCCCCUUCAUCAUGGCCACGUGGGACAGCCCCCGGCACGACGCCUACUCCCCCGCGCUCACCGCGGCGCACGGCUUCGUCCAGCCCGCCGGCGGCGGCGCCCCGUCGCUCUCGCCGGAGUUCAACUUCACCUUGUACGCGGCGAACGACCGGCUGACCGCGGGGAGCUGCUUCAGCCACGGGCGCGUGGCCGUGUCCUACGGCGGCGUCGCGGUGGGGGAGAAGGGCGCGUGCCGGGCUGGUGCGCCGGGCCGAGGAAGCACGGCGGAGGUCGGCGCGGCAGCGCGGGGCGUGGGCGUGCGGCUGCCCGAUGGCCUGAGGCGGCGCCUGGAGACCGAGCUGCGCUGGGGGGCCGCGGAGUUCGCCGUGGAAGCUAGGCUGUUCCGUGACCGUGACGAGGAGACGCACAGCCCCGUCCUGCUGUGGUGCAAAGCUGCCGGGCCUCAACUGCCGCUACAACCGCUGCGGUGUAGAGCUUUCACUGGCUCUGAGGUCUAAAGCUUCUGGGCCUCAACUGCACGCUUAUUGUAAUCCAAAGCGAAUAAUUU